UGUAUCUCCUCUCUCUCUUGUGGCAGAUGUUGGCAGAGCCAAAUAGAGCUUAGUCAUUUAUUCACCGCAAGUAGUUUAAUUUUAGCGUUAUAUUUUGGUCGUCUCAAGAUAUUGUACUAUCUCUCUUUAUUCUCUUUUUAUCAUACUGAUUUUGCUCUCUGUUGAAAUCAUUGGAGACUUGGAUUAUAGUUUUUUUUUUUUUGAAGACUUAAAGUAUAUGUAUUACAUAGUUCAAGUCUGUGAAUAUCUGGAGUGUAGAACCAAGCUAGCGAGGACUAAACCCACCUCCAUCGGGGGAUUCUUAAGAGGAGUUUCAACCAAAAGGAAAAAAAAAAAUGAGAAAAGCAGAAAAAAGAAAGAACCGGGUCUUAAAUUGGGAUUUAUAGGAUUGGUAAGGAACCCUUGCAUGGCAAAAUCCUAUUCGACCAACCCUUAAUUGCUUUCCCUUCUUCGCCGCGGCGAAAACCAUUGACGAUGAACGGAGAUGUCCAUGAAGUUGAGCGAGGAUUUCACCAAGAAGCUGGGAUUUUCAGAAGAGGGUGAAGAAAUUCGAAAACUCGAGAGAUCUUGGAGUAAACUUGAAGAUUCCGUCGAAUUCGACUAGGAAGAGGAAGAAGAGUUCUCGUUUGCUUUUUAAAACGCGGAAGGAUCUCCAAUAACCGCCGAAGAAGCUUUCGAGGAUGGUUAGAUCCGUCCUGUCUUCCCUCUCUUCAACUGCGAUCUCCUUUUCGAUCAAAACGACGGAGUUUCAGAGACCGACGACGAGGAGAUUAACCGGCCGCGUCUUAGAAAAGUGUUCGUGGAAUCUCACAUUCCAACUAAAAAGGUACUCUGUUUUCUUUAGGGUCUUCUGGAUCGAAAGAGCUGGUUGUGAUGAUGAGUGUGUUAUCCUUGUCACUGCUACAGAGUCUCCUGAUGAUAUGAAGUCUAUGGCUGUUGAAGCUAUUCUUCUUCUGCAAGAGAAGAUAAAUGAUGAUGAUGAGGAGACUGUUAAGAUGCAACUUCUUGUUCCUUCCAGGGUUAUUGGAUGUGUUAUAGGUAGAAGCGGCUCCGUCAAUGCCAGUAUCCGUAUCUCGAAAGGGAAUAACGAUGAUCUUGUUGAGAUUUUGAUCAGAGGCGAGAGACAUGGGAAAGCAGCUUGGGAAUGGUUUCUUCAGACAGAUUCUAUGGUUAUGAAAGUAGUUUCCCGGCAAGAGAUCGUGGUUUGGUAUCAGUCAGUCCAUACUCAUAUGGAGGUGUGUAGCGCGGAGUGGAAAUUCAUGAAUAUGAGCCAACAAGAGGAAGAUCUCAUCUUAAGAAUGUACAGACUCGUCGGCGACAGGUGGGAAACCAUAGCAGGAAGAGUACCUGGACGAGAGACGGGAGAUAGAGAGAGAUUUGAAGACACACACUUCUUCCUUCCAUCUUCUAGAUCAAACGCAAUGGUUUCUUUACUUUCUUCAUAAGAUCUUCUACAACUUUUAUUUCUUUUUGGUUCAGAACUAGAAUAUUUGUACAUAUGAUAGGCAUUUUCAGUGGUGCUUUUAAGAAAGAUCAUUUAGUA